GCCGGCCAAUGGGAAGCGGGGCCGGGAAAGGAAGAAGGGCGGAAGCGGCGGCAGGAAGGGGCGGGGCUUGCCUCGGGAACCGGAAGCGCCGGUCUCCGUUGGAAACGCGGCCGGGGCUGCGGGCGGGAGCAGCCAUGGGGCGCCGCAAGUCGAAGCGGAAGCCGCCCCCCAAGAAGAAGAUGACGGGGACGCUGGAGACGCAGUUCACCUGCCCCUUCUGCAACCACGAGAAGUCCUGCGACGUCAAGAUGGACCGGGCGCGAAACACGGGCGUCAUCUCGUGCACCGUGUGCCUGGAGGAGUUCCAGACGCCCAUCACCUACCUCUCGGAGCCCGUCGACGUCUACAGCGACUGGAUCGACGCCUGCGAAGCCGCCAACCAGUAGCCGCUGCCGGGGGGGGGCCUUUUCGGGGGGGGGGGCCAGGGCCUGUGGGCCCCCCCUGUCCCCCCCCCCUUCCCCCCCCCCCACCAGGAUCUUUUUAUACUUCUGUUUUUGCAGUUUUUUCUCGGUUUUUGGUUUGUCCCCCCCGCCGUGUUGGUGGGGGGGGGGCAGCGUGGCCCCCCCUUCCUGUGUCCCCCCCCCCGGUGGCUCCCCCCCGCCCCGGCAGCGUUCGGCCGGGCUGGCGGCAGCGUGGGGACGUGGGGACGCGGCGUGGGGACACGGGGGGGCCGGGGGGGGGCCCUCGAAUAAAGGCCCUCGCGGAGCGCGA